GGAGGCACGGGCUUGGAGGUUCGUGGGUAUGACGUCAUCGCGGCCAAUGUGUCAUUCGCUAGCAGGCUGCUGGAGGUUGACCCGAUUGCGUGAGCGAAGAGACGGCGCGCAGGAAAGCAGAGAUCGAAACAUCCUGUAAAAUAUGACUAACGUAAACAAAUGCAAUAUACCGCAAUUCAGUAUUGUUUGUCGUUGAAAAUCAACAUAAGAGCACAUAGCUGUUCUGCUUAAACAUUGUGUUUGCUAUCUAGAUACAACUACCUAUCUUUCAAACACUCGAGAGUAUUUAAAUUGAGUAGCGCGUCGACGUCGGCCUGGUCAACUUGACUAGCUUGCAGUUCGCGUUCAAAGCUAGUCCUAGCUUGAUGCUAUCAAUCGCAUGAAAUCAACAUAAGAAGGAAUGAGUGAUGACCUCUGUUGUGGUGUCAGACGGUGGAGGGAAUAUGGUGGAAUACAUCACUGUCAUGGAAGAGACUGAGCAGAGUGAGGAAAACCCCGGCGAGGAUGGGGAGGUGGUGCAGGAGACGGUGGAGACUGUAAUUGGGGAGGACGGGGAGGAGUAUCCUGCCGUUGUGGUGGAGGAGGUGCCCAGUGCCCAAGUAGAGCAGUGCUACGCUGCCCAAGUGCUGGUCUAUGACGAUGGGACAUACCUGAUGCAGGACGUGGGAGACGAGCAGGAGGUGGUCACAGAGGUGGUGGAGACAGAGGUGUUAUCACAUGGGGGCAUGGUGUGCUUUGAUAAGACCUUCGAGGCAGCCGAGGCCCUUCUUCACAUGGACUCCCCCAGCAGUUUCCAUGGUGACCGCAACAACACUGUGGAGGACGUGAUGAUGGAGACCGUGGUGGAGGUGUCCACAGAGUGUGCGCCUGUAGAGGAAGACAGCUUCCCUAUAGCCCUCGACUGUGAGCCUCCCUCUGCCAAGAAGAAGAAAGGCGGACGGAAGCCAAAGAUGCAUCCACCUCAGACGGACUCCAACGGCAACCUGGACCUGGGGAUCAGGAAGAGACCCAGAGAGGGAAAAGGGAGCACCACCUAUCUGUGGGAGUUCCUCCUGGAUCUGCUGCAGGACAAGAACACCUGUCCCAGGUACAUCAAGUGGAUGCAGCGGGACAAAGGCAUCUUCAAACUGGUGGACUCCAAGGCUGUGUCUAAACUGUGGGGCAAACACAAGAACAAACCUGACAUGAACUACGAAACCAUGGGCAGGGCGCUCAGGUAUUACUAUCAGAGAGGCAUCCUGGCCAAGGUGGAGGGCCAGAGGCUGGCCUACCAGUUCAAAGACAUGCCCAAGAACAUCCGGGUGAUUGACGACGACGGGGGGGAGGAGGGGGAGGAGGGGGAUGAUGGCGAGGGGGAAUCCUCCGAGCACCACCAGGCCAUCCAGACGAUAACCCUUGACCCCGUCACCUCCAACCAGACCCAGCAGAGCUAUGUGACCGUAAUCCCUUCCGCGGCUGGCAACAGGACGGUGCGUUUGGCCAUGCCCAUGGUCAUGACCACGACGUUGGGCCAGAUGACCCUCAACUCGUCCACGGUCUUCACCAGCCAGGCGCCCAUCACCCUGGGCAACGCCCAUGCCGGUGGACCCAAGCUGGUGAUCCAGACCCUGCCGGCCAUGGUGCCGGCCGGGGCCAAGAGCGGAGAGAAGAUCACCAUCAUCACCAUCCCGGCGGCCCAGCUGUCCCAGCUGACGCAGGGUGGCCUGUCGGGCCAGCUAGCCCAGCUCAUACAGGCUAAACCCGUCGCCCAGAUGAUGCCGGCCAAACCGACCACCUACCAGGUGGUGCAGAAGCCGGCGCCUCCGCUUCUGCUGGCCAAGCCAGUGACCCUGACCCAGGCUUCCAUCCAGCAGCCACCUGUAGCGACCCUCGUAGUUAAACCGCAGCCGCCCCCCUACUCUACCUCCGCCGUCACCACGCCCGGACCUACACCCUCCGUAAAGGAGGCUGUCUCGCCCCCCACGGGCCUCCCGGAGCCUGCCCCGUCCUGCCCGUCAGAGAGCGUGGAGCCCGACCAGUCCAGUCCGGAGGAGCCCGCUGCCUCUGCACAGAACCCAGUGGCCUCUGAGUCUUGAGGCGCGGUGGCCUGAGAGCUACUGACUCCGUAUUGACUCCAUGUUGGAAGCCUCCUUCCUUCCCAGCCACCUCUACCCGGACAGUGGAGCUGAAGGAGCGUAUCUUACGGGGGCUCUGAAAUGGACCGUAGCUGUGGAGCUCCUCCUUACCCAGGGAGCUCCUUCUAGAUCAGAGAAGGGCGAGAGAGGGACUUCAUAUAAAUAAUACAUAAACGCUUUAGAAGCUCGUUGGAUCUCAAACGAUGGGCAAGCCUUAGAUUGUAAAUUGAACCCCCGCCCCCUCCCAAAAAAAGAAUAAUUCAGAAACAUAAUUUAAAGUCUGAUAAAGAUGUUUUUGUGUAAAUCCUUUUUGAUACUCUGCAGCAGGUUAUGUAUGAUGUAUUCUAAGUUCAAUACAACUGCACUUCUUUUGUCUCAGUUUGAAUCUUUGUUUUGACUGGUUCCUGUCAUCUCUGUAUGUUGUUCUGAACCCGAACCAGCACUCAGUAGAUCUCUACUGUUCUGUCCCUCAACAGUCAACGUUCUUUCGUUUUCAUAUUUUUAAUUGUUCAGAAAAGGGAGCGAAAGGAUUUUUGUCUCGGCGAAAGAUGGUUUGAGAUGGUGUAUUCCACAUUUGAAUCAUAUGCUAUUUUCUUGUACUCUCAAAGUGUAUUGAUGUAGAUUUUACUGAAAUAUGUAUUAUAAAAAAAAAAACAUGAAUUGAAA